AUGCGUCGCGCCGCAAUUCCUUCCACGAGCUUGCGCGAGCAGCUGGUGAGGGCGACUGGCCGAAACGCGGCGGAAUCAUUUGCCCGGCUUCCCAGGCUUGAGGAGUGGGACAAUUGCAAUGCCCACUUUCCGGGAAGCCGGAGCGCCACCGUCGCCGAUGCUCCUGUUGAACGCGGCCGCGAGUUCCUUGCGGGCGGCGGGGGGCGGUCGGUGCAGGGCCUCGCAGUGAAGCGCGCCAGGCCCCGGCACACUCCGGGGACGCAUCUCCCGCGAUGCAGCGUCGAGCUCCCCAAGGGAAAUCAGACGUGGCGGCGCACACUCCCGCCAAGGCGCCGGCGCGCUCCUUUGUGGCGGUCGGUUGGCCAUCCGCCGCCGCAACCGGCGAACUGGCGGGGCGCGGGGCGUAGACUGCCCUGGCGCGGCUGCAGCUUGCCGCCUCCGCCGGCUUCGGUCGCGAGCACCGCUCCUUCCAGCGAGCAAACGUGA